AUGCAGAGCAAAAGUGAAAUAGUAAAGAUCGCUGGUGCUGUUAUUUUACCUCAUCUGGGUGGAUUCGUAAAUGGGCAAUUAACCCGCACGCAGAUUAAGGAGUGGUACAGUCAACUCAAUUUUCCAUCGUUCCGGCCACCAAACUGGCUGUUUGCUCCGGUAUGGACAUCACUUUACACUGGUAUGGGAUACGCAUCUUACUUAGUCUGGAAAACGGGCGGUGGCUUUAGCGGACCAGCACGAAUUCCACUGGUACUCUAUGGUACCCAACUAGCCCUCAACUGGGCUUGGACGCCUAUCUUUUUCGGAAUGCAUCAAUUGAAAUGGAGCUUGGUUGAAAUUUUAGCCCUAACUGGAUCGGUAGCAGCGACUGGCUGCGCUUUCUACGAGAUUAAUAAGCUCGCUGGUUAUCUCUUCGUUCCAUAUUUUGCCUGGUGCGCGUUUGCUAGCGUGCUCAAUUAUAAGAUCUACAAGAUGAAUACCCCAAAAACUUCUACAGCGACGAUCGAAGAAAUUACAGACGAUCCUAAGCAAAAAUAA